AUGCACAUUUGCUGGGCUGCGUUGAACGGUCAUGUGGAAAUCCUAAAAUAUGCCCACGAAAAUGGCUGUCCAUGGGAAGAAGACACAUGCCAACAUGCUGCUAAAAAUGGCCAUUUGGAAUGCCUCAAAUAUGCCCAUGAAAAUGGCUGUCCAUGGGAUGAAUACACUUGCUGCCUUGCUGCUCGCAAUGGCCAUUUGGAUUGCCUCAAAUAUGCCCAUAAGAAUGGCUGUCCAUGGGAUGAAAAAACCUGCCUUUUUGCUGCUGAAAAUGGCCACUUGGAUUGCCUCAAAUAUGCCUAUGAGAAUGCCUGUGAUUGGAAUGAAGGCACAUGCACAGUUGCUGCUGACAAUGGUCAUUUGGAAUGCCUCAAAUAUGCCCAUGAAAAUGGCUGUCAAUGGGAUGAAGACACUUGCUGCUUAGCUGCUUGGAAUGGCCAUUUGGAAGUGCUCCAAUAUGCCCAUGAAAAUGGCUGUCCAUGGGAUAAAAACACAUGCGGAUUUGCUGCUGCCUGUGGCCGUUUGGAGUGUCUCAAAUAUGCCCAUGAAAACGGCUGUCCAUGGGAUGAAGAGACAUAAUUCGCUGCUGCUAGGAAUGGCCAUGUGGAAGUGUUCCAAUAUGCUGUACAGAAUGGUUGUCUAUGGGACAGAGAUGAAGUCUUGAGGGAAGGUACUUCAGAGGUGAGGUCUUGGGUUCAAAAUACGUUAUCCCAGAGGCAUGCAUAAAGUUUCUUUAGUUGUUGUCAGGCAGUAGAAUUGAAUCAUUCAAGCAUAUUACUUUAUGUGC